AACUGUCAGUUGUCAGCGAAUGUUUGAACUGCCAAGACGUUCACAACGGAAAAACGAAAUUUUCAAGAAUAAUUCCAGUAAACUUUUAAAUGCUGUAGUGUUUAAAAUAUUUCAUAAAACACAGAAACCUUCUUUGACAAUUUUAUAAAUCUUUAAAGUUCUUUCGGGAAGUUUAUGAAAAGCGGUAUUUUUAAUCAUGCCAUUUGUGGCGUCAAGCUGAUGGUUAUGUAAUCUCUGUGAAGAUUCUCGAAAACCAAGCAAAGAUUAGUUGACUGAAGAGGAAAGCUAUUUUAAAUUCAUCUAAAAACUGUAAAGAGCUCACAUUGAAAUGGUGUUCCAAAUAGUAAUUCUGGUGAUCUGCACCAUCUGCAUGAAGCACUACGUCAAAGGGGAGUUUCAACAAAGUCUGGCCAUAACCGACAUCCUUCCCGAGGACAUCAAGCGCUACGAUAAGAUGAGACCGCCGAAGAAAGAGGGUCAGCCGACGAUAGUCUACUUCCAUGUGACGGUGAUGGGUCUGGACUCCAUUGAUGAGAACUCGAUGACUUAUGUGGCGGAUGUGUUCUUUGCUCAGACAUGGAAGGAUCAUCGCCUGCGAUUGCCGGAGAAUAUGACACAGGAAUACCGAUUGCUGGAGGUGGACUGGCUGAAGAAUAUGUGGCGGCCGGAUUCGUUUUUCAAAAACGCCAAAUCGGUGACCUUUCAGACCAUGACCAUACCCAAUCACUAUAUGUGGCUGUACAAAGAUAAGACCAUUCUUUACAUGGUCAAGCUAACACUGAAGCUGUCGUGCAUCAUGAACUUUGCCAUUUAUCCUCAUGAUACUCAGGAGUGCAAGCUGCAAAUGGAAAGCCUGUCACACACCACAGACGACUUAAUAUUCCAGUGGGAUCCUACCACGCCCCUUGUGGUGGACGAAAACAUCGAGCUGCCCCAGGUGGCCCUCAUUCGGAAUGAAACGGCGGAUUGCACCCAGGUUUAUUCCACGGGCAACUUCACCUGCCUGGAGGUGGUAUUCACUCUUAAGCGUCGUUUGGUGUACUACGUCUUCAACACCUACAUUCCCACUUGCAUGAUAGUCAUCAUGUCCUGGGUUUCCUUCUGGAUCAAACCGGAGGCGGCUCCAGCCCGGGUGACUCUGGGGGUCACCUCCUUGCUAACGCUUUCAACGCAACACGCCAAAUCGCAGUCGUCCUUGCCACCUGUUUCCUAUCUUAAGGCCGUGGACGCCUUUAUGUCCGUUUGCACGGUCUUCGUGUUCAUGGCCCUCAUGGAGUAUUGUCUAAUAAAUAUCGUCCUGAGCGACACGCCCAUUCCCAAGCCGAUGGCCUAUCCACCCAAGCCCGUGGCGGGAGACGGACCUAAAAAGGAGGGCGAGGGUGCUCCACCUGGGGGCAGCAACUCGGCGGCCAACAAGCAGCAAGCCACUAUGUUGCCACUGGCAGAUGAAAAGAUCGAGAAGAUUGAGAAGAUCUUUGACGAGAUGACCAAGAACAGAAGGAUUGUAACCACCACACGCCGCGUGGUGCGUCCGCCCCUGGACGCCGAUGGUCCGUGGAUUCCGCGCCAGGAGUCGCGGAUUAUACUGACCCCGACUAUUGCCCCGCCGCCACCGCCCCCUCCGCCAGCGGCACCGGAACCGGAACUGCCCAAGCCGAAGCUCACACCCGCCCAGGAGCGGCUCAAGCGGGCUAUAUACAUAGAUCGGUCAUCGCGCGUACUUUUCCCCGCCCUCUUCGCCAGUCUGAAUGGCAUCUACUGGUGUGUGUUCUACGAGUAUCUAUAAGGACUACGACGACUGUGCCCUGUAAAUACUUUCGCUAGCUCACUGGCACUCCAUCCGAGUGUUAAACGUUUAUUGUUCGCAUAUAUCAAAUUGUAUAUCGCAAAUUUAAUCUUAAGCUUUCACGCACAAGCUUUAAGUCAAUGAAUUUUAAACAUAGAUGAUUGUUGAACCGGAGGAGAAGGAAAAAGGAACAGAUGGAGAAUUACAAAUAAUCAAUUCAAUUCCUAAAAUGCUUAAAGUUAAUCAAGUGACGUAGUAGCUGAUGUAGACUAAGUGAAAUGUAAUUUAAUGUCUCAAACAAAUGCUUUUAAUUGUAAAUAAAUAGAGAAUCCGUUUCAAUUGACGAAUA